GGCCGGAGCAGAGAGAGACACGCGGGAAGACACACGGAGAGGAGGCCACCAUGUUGGACUUCGACGCCAAGCCGAGCUGGGCCGACCAAGUGGAGGAGGAAGGCGAAGAUGGAGUGCUGCCGUCGCCCAAAGAGCAGAUCGAUGGCUGCGUGAAGACGCUGACAGAGUACAAACUCAACGAAGAUGACAAGAAGAUCAAGAUCGUCCGCACCUUCAAGAUCGAGACGCGGAAGGCGUCAAAAGUUGUGGCCCACAGGAAGAACUGGAAGAAGUUUGGAAAUUCGGAGUUCGACGCGGUCGGCCCCAACGUCAUGACGACGAUGGUCAGCGACGACGUCUUCAUGACCUUCAUCACCAACAAGGAGGACCUGGACACGCAGCAGGAGGAGGAUCCGAUGGCCAAGCUGCGUGGCCAGAAGAUGGUGUCCUGCCGCAUCUGCAAGGGCGACCACUGGACCACCAAGUGCCCGUACAAGGACACGCUGGGGCCCAUGCAGAAGGAGCUCGCUGAGCAGCUGGGACUCAGCACCGGCGAGAAGGAGAAGGUGGAGGGUGAGCCGGCUCAGGCUGGCGCCGCCGCCAAGACGGGGAAGUACGUCCCGCCGGUGCUGCGUGACGGCGGCGGGAACCGGCGCGGGGAGUCGAUGCAGUCGAGCCGGCGAGGAGACACAGAUGACAACGCGACCAUCCGCGUGACGAACCUGUCGGAGGACACGCGCGAGUCCGACCUGCAGGAGCUGUUCCGACCCUUCGGCUCCAUCGCGCGCAUCUACCUGGCUAAGGACAAGGUCACGGGGCAGUCCAAGGGCUUUGCGUUCAUCAGCUUCCAUCGCCGCGAGGACGCCGCUCGAGCCAUCGCCGGCGUCUCCGGCUUCGGAUACGACCACCUCAUCCUGAACGUGGAGUGGGCCAAGCCUUCCACCACAUAGACUCAUGGACGCAGGAGGCACGGUGGGAGUGGGGAUCUACAUUCCUGCACGCACAUGCACGCACCUACACACACACACACCUACACCUACACACACACCUGCACACACACACAUACCUACACACACACCUACACACACACAUACAUGCACGCACCUGCACACACACACACGUACACAUAUACACACACGGGUGAUGCGUGUGAGCUGGCAUAUCCCCCGUCGCCCCCCACCGUGACGCCUCGCGCCGAUGAUGCCUCGUCAGCGUCGCAGAGACAAUAAACACCAGCCGAGUCGUAAA